AAUAUUUUUAGAUGAACAUAGCAGUCUUUGUUCUGCUAUUUCAGCUCUUUGAUAUUGUGAGAUUGCAAGACGGCUGCUUGAGAUGCUCAGAACGUGUAACAACCUCAUGUUUUGCUUCAUGUGAUGAGAAAUUAAGCAUAGCUCUGAAAGGAUCAAUAUACCAGUUCCCUAUCACAGAAAGCAUUGACAGCACCCUCAGUUCCUUAAAGUUUGAGGGAACAAGUUUUAUCUCGUUGGCCAGUAACGCAAAGACAAACUUACUUUAUCUGUCGACUGAGGACUCUAUUUAUAAAGUGCUCACCAGCUCUGAUGACGACCGACCUGUAAAAGAACUUGUUUCCACCAACUCAAUACACCACCCCACUGGUAUUGAUAUAGACGUCUCCACGGGAAACAUUUACUGGACAGAUCACUCUAUAUCCACCAUAUACGUCACCGAUGGUACGAAUAAAAGGACACUUCUAGUCCGUCCUCCUGACAACCUCCCGUUUGAUCUGGUGGUGGAUCAAACCAGGGGAGGGUUCUUCUGGACGGAGCCCUACAGCGGUAAUGUUAUGUUCGCUGGACUAGAUGGUACGGGAAUUACAGUUGUUGCUGCAGGCUUGAGCUUUCCGUCUGGGAUAUCGCUCAACCCAACUGGUAACCUGGUUGUUAUGACGCUGGGAGAAGAUUCAAACGCUCCUGAUACCAUUCUGACAAUAUCUCCAUUCUGCGGACCAGAGGACUGUGUGGGAAGUAAGAUGCAAGUACCAGGAUCACGACCACCUGUAACCAAGCUGGCUUACCUGGCUUGUUUACCUGAUGGAGGAGUUGUUACUGCUCAUGUUGCUUCUGGGGGAGAGGAGAAUGGAGUACUGAUAACACGAUUUGAGAGCUCUGGAAUGAUAAUCCAACAGCCUCUACAGUUCAUGGGCUUGGAGCUAGAAGACAUCCCAGCAGUAUCAGUAUUCAGUUACCAGCUGACCCCCCUGCAACCUAACCCAUGUGACAGCACAACCUGUGAGUUCCUCUGUGUGACCAGCUCUAACAACGGCACCACAAGUCCAGUGUGUCUGUGUCAGGAAGGUAACCAUGUGGAUGUGGAGACUGGCACGUGCACUAAGGGUACACAGACUCUGCUCUAUACUGACCAGCUGAGUGUUGUUAUUGUGGACUUGGAGUCUCAACAGGAGUCUGUGUUAGGACUUGGAGACGAUCUGAUGCAAGUAGGAGUUGGUAUAGACUACGAUCAGUUGACUGACACUGUGUACUGGAGUGACAUCAGAUAUUCUCAAAUAGUGAAGGUUGAAGCAGGAGCGAGUCCUGUUAUAGUCAGAGAAAAUGUUGGACAACCCUCAGGUUUGAGUAUAGACUGGAUAAGCAAGUACAUCUACUUUGUUGACGAUAUCAGUAACUCACUGGUAGUUAUCACAAACGACGGAAGUGAGAUAGCGACCCUCGCUACAUUCGGGGACAGUCCCAGGAGUGUCAAAGUGGACCCAAUAAACGGGUACGUAUUCUGGAGUGACCGGGGAGUUAGCGCUCGGAUUAUCCGGUCUAAACUAUCUGGAGCCAACCUCACUGUUCUAGCUAACCUCACCGAAUCAGGAAGUCAACCUAAUGGAAUUGCACUGGACAUGCCUAACAAGAUAGUCUAUUGGAUUGACGCGUACACCGAUCAGAUCAUGGCUACAGGGUAUGAGGACGGCGUGGUAAGAGAAGUGAUACAACUCUACGGGAGUCAGGGGUUUAGUCUCUCCAUCCUAGAUGGGUACUUCUAUUGGAGUGACUGGCAGCAGAAGAGAAUUGGGAAGGUUCCGAUAGAUAACAGUACAGAAGCAGAAACUGUGGUCACCAGCUUUGGCAUUAUAAUGGACAUCGUUACUUACGGGGAAACGUUUACUCUGGGAGUUACAAACGCGUGUUCCCCAAAGAAUCCCUGUUCACAUUUCUGUUACAAUACCGGAGAUCUCACCCAGCUGUAUACUUGUGGCUGUUCAGAUGGAGUGAAUAUAGAUCCCACCAAUCGUAACACAUGUGAAAAGUCACCAUGCGAGGAGGGUAACGGAGGCUGCGAGCACAGGUGUACCCUGUCUGAGGAUAGACAGGCUGUGUGCCUCUGUGAUGACUUCUACGAAAAGGUCAAUGGGAAGUGUGUAGAGAGUUACCUGUUACUUGCCACUAAACAUAAAAUCUGGAAAGUGUCCCCGCUGGGAGAUUCUGCGCACCAGCAAACAUCAGUUGCUGUACAGGGUAAAGUGGUUGCCCUGGACUUCGACAGUAAAAAUGGUCGGAUAUUCUGGACAGACACGCUGGUUGAUGCCAUAUUUGCUGCCAGUAUCGACGGUAACUCAUCUGUUAAAAUAGUGGACCAAGGACUACAGACACCUGACGGUAUAGCCUACGAUUGGGUUACUGAUACUGUGUACUGGACUGAUAUGGGAACUAAAAUGAUUGGAGCGACAAAAUCGGACGGCAGCUACUCUAGAGUUGUCCACUCUUUUGCGGAAACAGACAAACCUAGAGCUUUGGUUUUGGAUCCCAAGAGAGGUAAGAUGUACUUCACUGACUGGGGUUCUAAGAGUGGGAUCUACUCGGCUUGGUUAGACGGUUCCAAUGUUACACAAAUAGAGAGCGGCAAUAUCUCCUGGCCCAACGGUCUCACCAUCGACAGGGAUAACCAGGUUCUAUACUGGGUGGACGCUAAAGAGGAUGUAUUGGAGAGAGUGGACACGGACGGAAAAAACAGAAAACUGCUCACCUCCUUCACUCUUACACAUUCCUUCGCACUUACCUUCUACAGAGACAGAGCUGGUGAAGGAGCUGGAGACAAGAUACUGCUAACUGACUGGAAACACAAGGCUAUACUGCAAGUCUUAUUGUCUAACACAGAGACGAACAGUACAGGAUACAGAAUGUAUUCGGACGCUUCUCAAAUGUUCUCACAGGACCAACCCUUUGAUAUUCACUGGUACUCCGCCUCCACACAAAUUGAUACCAACGACUGUGGUACGAAUAACGGGAACUGUUCACACUUCUGUUUUUACACCCCGGAGCGGGUGCAGUGUGCGUGUCCCCAGAACAUCCAGCUUCAGGAGAACGGGAGGGACUGUGUCCAGGACCCUUGUGGGCAUGAUAACGGGGGCUGCCAGCACACUUGCAGUAUAUCUGAAGGUGGAGAGGUAGAGUGUGCAUGUAGAGACUGGUACAAACCCGACCCUAACAACUCUUCACUCUGUGUAGAGAGCGAACUGUCCAUGUUUGUGUUGGAGAGGAGCUCUCUUCAGAAGAUAUCACUCGAUACUAUUCCACUCCAUAGAAAAGUUGUGGACAUUUCACCGGCGAUAUCAAGUGGAGUGAGUCUGGAUAUAGACUUCAGAGCAGGACGAUUGUUCUGGAGCGACUCUAUGCAAGAUACUAUCUCCUCUUCUAAUUUGGAUGGGAGUGAUAUGAGGGUGAUUAUGUCUGAUCUUCAUGUUCCAGACGGUAUAGCAGUAGAUUGGGUGGCUAGGAAUAUCUACUGGACAGACACCGGACCAGAUCACAUAUUUGUUGCAAAGUCAAGUGACGGGAGUAACAAAGCUACCCUGAAAAUAACCGGUUUAGACAGACCCCGGGCAAUUCUGGUAUCUCCUCUUGACAGGUAUCUGUUCUGGACUGACUGGGGGACUAACGCUGCAGUAGGACGAGCUGCUAUGGACGGGACUGACCAGGUUCUACUGGUUACCACGGGACUAGGCUGGCCCAAUGGACUUGCCAUGGACUAUGAGACGAAGAAACUGUACUGGGUUGAUGCACUGGAGGAUACUAUAGAGAGUGUAUCAAUAAACGGAGAGGACAGAAGAGUUGUUUCUUCUGAAAACAUUCAACACCCUUACGGAUUCCACUAUUUUGACGACAGUUUGUACUUUACCGACUGGACCUCACAGUCAAUAAAAAAGGGAAACAAGAACGGCACAAACAUUACAAGUUUAAUGUCCUUCGGAACGGCUCUCAUGGAUCUCACAUUCUUAUCUCCAGAUCAUCAGAUGCCAGGACCUUGUUACCGUGAAGGAGAGCCAGUUGCUGAUCACGACAUUCUACACAACACUUUCUACAUCGGGUUCCAGGGGUCCCCCGCUAAAGUCAACUUUAGUGUUACAUCUGACAAUGUAGAGCAGCACCUCCAACUGGUGAUAUCAGGAGGCUCGCUCCAGCUCUUUAACCGGGACAGUAACGAACCACAAAACACCGUCACCUUCCCCGCUCAGAUCUACCCGGGAAACGACAUGGACUACGUCAAAUACUUCUAUAUCACGCAUGGCGUAUGUUACUCGCGACACGGCACCACCUAUCUUGCUGGAUACACUACAGGGAAAAGGAGGGGAUACAGGAACCUAGAGGCUGCUAAACUCGCUUGUCAGACUUAUACUGACUGCAGCGGGGUCACAUAUGAGCGGGACCAAAAGAAGCUAUACAAGUUCACACUGCGAUCGGGCAGAGAGUUGUUUCCCAGUGUUGCUAACGAGAUAUCCUGGUUGCAGACGCUGUGUCCCAACGGGAAAAGUGAAACUCUAACUAUUGGGAAAGGAAAAGUGUCCGGUGAACACAAGCUCAUUGAACUCACUGGAUCCCUAGCUCAUACUAUUAAUCACGCUGAAGCGUACCCUUCACCUGGUGCCAACACCUGGUUGUGUCCGGGUACCUUGUCCCCCUGUGGUGUAGAUAACGGGAAUUGUGUGGGACUGUGCCUGGUAAACCCCACCGGGAGGAGCUGCGCUUGUGAUGGUGAUCUGGACCCUCUCGGCAUCAAGUGUGUAAAACACAAACAUCUGCUGCUAUCAGUUACUAACAGCCUGAUACUCUUCGAGUUGGGAGGAGAUUUAGAAACUGCUACUCUUAUGGACCAGAUAGUGCAGGAUGAGAGUCUGAUAGCCAGCAUUGACUUCAUCUACACUCGAGACACCGACUCCGCCAUGUCAGAGAUGAUGCCUACAGACCAGAUUAUAUGGGCAGAGCCAAACUACAGAGCGAUACGUGCAGCCGGAGUGGACGGUUCUUCACCUCAUGACUUCAUCAGACAAGGGUAUCAGCUAAAGAGAGCCCUGUUUGACGGCUCUGAUCCUCAAGUGUUUCUCACCAUUGGUGGUGGAAUUAUAACGAGUGUAGGAUAUGACUGGGUUAACAAGAUAAUCGUCUGGCUGGACUCUAUGUUGGGGAUAUUCGUGUCCUCUCUUGACGGGCUACACAGAGUUAGUGUGUAUGUGGACGUGGAACAAACUGGAUAUAUAGAGACAAUAUUGAGCAACGCAGAAAGUCUUGCUGUCAACCCUUAUAGAGGAGAGGUGUAUUGGACAGUGUUUGAUUACACCGGAGGAGACAAGGGAGGAGUGUACUCUCUUCUCCUCCGAUUCGGGGCUACUCCUCUCAAGUUAACUACUCGCACUGUGGUCGAACCCAGGAGUUUGGCGGUGGACGUGAGAGAGUCCGUCUUGUACUACAGUUACCAAGAGAGUGGUGACUACUUCAUAUCUGCUCUGGAUAUCAGUGGUGGUAGUAACCAUGGUAACGAGAUUAUGAACUUUAUGUUACCAACCAACAUGGCUGCUACUAAGAUAGACGUCUCCGGAGAUCUACUGUACGUGAUAGACUCCUCCGAUGUAGUGACUUUGAACAAGUACACAGGAGAGAAGGUUGGAACGCUCACUGUACAGUUUGAGAGUAUGUUAACUGGUAUUAAGGUGGUGCACAAAGAUCAGCGUCCUAAAGGGAUACUAGAAAGGUCGUGUGCGAGUGACACUAAAAUGCUUUCUUGUCCUGUGUCUGGAGGAACUAUAACUAGAGUCACUGCUACCAUCCUUACCUCACCCCAUAUCAGCACGUGCGGAACUGGUACGAGCACGUGCACAGAAGACAUCACAGGACAGAUCAGUACAAUGUGUGUUGGGGCGUCUACCUGUAAUAUCACACUAAAUGGAAGUGUGGGAGAGUGCACUGGUGCCCCAGGACAGGUGCUGGAAGUAGUUUGGGAGUGUGAUAACGGUAACACAGCAUGUGAUAGAGCCGGUUACUGUGACAACGGACUCUGUAUCGCAGACUCAGUCUCCAACACUCCUCACUGUCUGUGUGAUGAGAUGUUAUCUUUCAAUGAGACUACUGGUCUUUGUUUCCAUGAGGACUACGAGGUAGUAAUAUCACUGUACGGUAGACUAGCUAGAUACUACUCAGAGGACAAGAUAUCUGCUACCAUCGAGGGCCUUAACGUGCUGCCAGGGAGAGCCGGAGGGUUCAGCCUCAUAGCUGCACGUGCAAAUAACGUGUACUGGUGGAAUAACGUCACACGUGCACUUUACAGCGACACGACACUAUCUGAUGAGGAUGCUGCCACAGUUAUUGCUGAGAACGUGUCUGUCAGCUCGGUGGAGGUGGACACCUCAGGUCAGGUCUGGGUGGUGACGUCACCUUCAGGUGGUGAUUCCUACAACACAAUCCAAGUUUACAUGCCUGGAUACCACGCUACCAUCUACACCAGUCCUGGCUCGACUCUGUCACAUUUGCGGUUGGCUCCCUCUCUCGGACUCAUGUUCUUUGUAGAACACACCCCAGAUCAACUGGUCGUGAAGAAAAAGAACAUGGAAUAUGGCUUAGCUGCUGACACGAUAUUCACACAACGCAAUGGAGGCUCCAUAAACUGUAUGGCAGUCGAUAAAGUAGAUAACAAACUGUACGUUGUGCAGAGUUUCGGUGUUAUCAAAGUGCUCGACUUCGAAGGAAGAGAGAUCGACCACAUCAGCACUUCAACAAUAACCAACUCUACCAUUUCCUCCAUCACCAUCCCCCAAAAGUUUGUAGUGUUAGGGACAAGUGAGGGUGUGUAUCGGAUAAGAAAGACAGGUGACCUUGUAAAGGCCCUGUUUAAAAGUGCUAACGGGUCCCCUCUCACUGUGCAGCUUGCUGUUGCUGCUUCAAAUCAAGAAGAGUUGGCGGCGUGCCAGAAGUGUCCCUACUUCUGUAUCCCUGGUGAGGCGGCCACUGUGUCCUGUCUCUGUCCUGAUGGUUACCCUCAAGAUCCCCUUACUAACGGAUGCAACGGGUUAUGUAUGGUAGAUAACGGAGGCUGUAGUCACGUGUGCAAUGUUACUGUUACUGAUGCUCAACAGGGAGUUUCUUGCUCCUGUCACUCGGGUUACUUCCUCGCUGCCAACGGCAAGGACUGUAUCGAGUCAGAAGAUUUCCUACUGGUACGUGUGGAUGGUAAUCUCUACAACUACAAGACUGACAGUACCUCGGAGAGUGGCCAGCCUGUUCCUAUACUUCUGGGGUUGUCACAUUUUGACCUUGACUAUGAUCGAAGGGACACAUUCUGGUACAGCACAGUUAAGGAAGCUAUUGUCAGAGGCAAUUCCUCCAGAAACGAUAUAAUCCACAAAGAUCCUAAUGUGACUGACGUGACGAGUAUAGCGUACGACUGGGCUGCUGACAAUGUUUACUUCAUCGAGGGCUCUGCAAGAUCAAGAAUUGGUGUUGCUAGCAGUAAAAAAGCAGUGUCCAAGAUUCUCAUAACAUUUGGACUGAACAGAGCCAGUUUUCUACAAGUUCAUCCUAGUGCUGGAUUGUUGGUGUACACUACAUAUAACGGGGAGGAGUAUGAGAUAGAGAUGGCUGAUCUGGACGGGGAUAACAGGGUGUCAUUGUACACUCUAUCUGCUGAACCACAAGGCCUGGCUCUCGACACAGACACAAACAAGUUAUAUUGGACGCUAGCUGACUCAACCCAAAUCAUGUCGGGUGAUCUGAACAGGACUGACCCUGUCUCCUUCAUGACUACUGUCUUCAACCCUACUAAAAUAACUGCGUACGGUGACCACGUUAUCUGGCUUGAAACUGACGGGCGACUUUGGACGUUUAAACCCGCUGGAGGAGUAGUGAAUAUCAACAUCGGCAAUGUUGUCCAGGGUCAAAGCAUUGACAUCAAACUAUACACCCCUCUAAAAUUCGCAGCUGGUAACGGUUGCGGGGGAGAUAACAAUGGGUGCGAAGAGUUCUGUUUCGGGAAACCAGACGAGAGCCCGGCUUGUGGCUGUGGGGGGACAGUUCCUCUCAGUACUGAUCAGAAGAGUUGUGGAGCUGACCCUCUUCUUCUUGUUUCCGGAACGAACAAGGUAAUGGCUGUUAACAUAAAAACCAGACAAGCUCGAGAAGUACUCAGUGGUCUUACUCAGGCUGUUAUCGUGGAUUACGACCUGCAGGAUCAGAAGUAUUAUUGGACGGAUGUCAAGGACAACAAGAUAUACAGAUCGGACAUGACGGGGGAGAACAGAGAGGUUGUCGUUGAGAACGGACUUGUGACACCUGACGGAAUGGCAGUUGACUGGAUAAACAGAAAUCUGUAUUGGUCAGACUCGUACACCAGCAGGUUUGAAGUGGCCACCUUAGACGGAGAAUAUCGCCGAUCUUUCUACAUUGAUCGUCUCAGCAAACCGAGGGGUAUUUGCGUGGAUCCCAUAAAUAGCUAUCUCUACUGGGCUGACUGGGGAACUUUCCCGUUUAUCGCGAAGAUGGAGCUUGAUGGAACUAAUAUGGAGGUGUUAGCACAACAAGGACUUGCCUGGCCAAACAGUCUCAGUAUUAACUUGGAGACUGGUCAGUUGAUAUGGGUUGAUGCCAGCAGAGAUCUUAUCGGAAUGAUGAAUGUUGAUGGGACAGAAAUGCAGAUUUUGUCCUCAACACACGUCGAACACCCCUUCUCGAUCGACCAAUAUCUGGGGACCAUAUUCUGGAGCGACUGGUAUAAGAAGAGUGUGAUGACAUGGGAUUACCCCGAUGGAACUCCCGACAUGUUCCUUCCUACUGAAGAUGAGUUACAACACGGUAUUAAAGUUGUGCACUCCUCCCGGCAACCAACAGGUAUAAAGACAGGCUGCACCUCAAAUAACGGAGGCUGCACACAUCUGUGUUUUGCAAAACCAGACCUGACGAGAGUGUGCGGGUGUACUUCUCACUUUGUGCUCAACGAGGAUGGGGUCACGUGCAUUGAGCCAGAUCACAGACUGCUCAUAGCACGUGGUCAGGAAUUAUUGCACGUGGUACUGGACCCCACUGACGUCACCAACGUCCUUUCUCAAACCGUACUUCCUAUUGGCAACGUUACCGGCAUCGUCGCUUUCGACUUUCACAUCGUUCAGAAACGGUAUUAAAUUUCGAGUUGCGCAACACUUUGAUUUCUAUUAUCCAUAUUUCAUUUAUUACUCAACAAAAUGAGACCUCGGCUGAUAUCUUUAUCUCCUGGGAAUUGAACCCUAAAAUAUGAUACCCAAUUUGUGACGUUAUGACCCAACAAAUUAUCAAUCAUAAGCUAGUCAUUACUCAAUAAAAAUCAUUUGGAAAUUGCUACCUU